AUGUCAAUGUACUGUCAAAACAUGAAUCUGGAUGUGUUUGAAAUUUUUGAAAAAAAUAAGAAUAUGAGCUAGUAUGUGUAAUUUUUGUUUGAAAAUAUAGUUUUUCUAGCACAAUGUCCUUUCCGAAGAUUGAAGGUUAUGUGGUAACUGAGAAAUUAGGCUCAGGGAGUUACUCAACAGUAUACAAAGCUAUAACAAAGGUUGGAGCGAGAUCAACAGUAGCUAUCAAAUGUAUAGACAAAUCCCGUGUGAAGCAUUCGGGGACUGCAGUGGACAAUCUGAUUACAGAGAUACGCUUGCUGAAGACACUCUCCCAUCCUCACAUUGUACAUAUGAAGCAGUUCACGUGGGAUGACAGAAAUAUCUACAUAAUAAUGGAGUAUUGCUGUGGGGGUGAUUUAUCUAAAUAUAUUCAGCGGUAUGGGAGAGUUCCUGAGAAACAGGUUCUCUAUUUCUUGCAACAACUUGCCUCAGCUCUAAAGUUCCUGAGAGAGAAAGGUGUAGUCCAUAUGGAUCUGAAACCCCACAACCUGCUGCUACACAAAGGUUCUGAUGGGAAGUACAUACUCAAGGUUGCCGAUUUUGGGUUCGCGCAGCACGUGGCGGGCGCGGGGCAGCGCUGCCUGCGCGGCUCGCCGCUCUACAUGGCGCCCGAGAUGCUGCGCGGCCACCACGACGCCAGGGUCGACCUCUGGAGCGUCGGUGUGAUAAUGUACGAAUGUUUGUUCGGUCGCGCGCCGUACUCCUCCGCUACCUUCAAGGAGUUAGUCGACAAGAUACAACGACAAGCACCUAUUGAGCUUCCUCCCAGGUCUUCCAUCAGCCCCGGCUGCCAGGACCUGCUGAGCCGCCUCCUCCAGCACGACCCUGACAAGAGGAUCAGCUACGAGGAUUUCUUCUCCCAUGAGUAUUUGGACUUGGAACAUAUGCCGUCUAAGGAAAACUAUGAAAAGGCUGUGGGGCUGAUCAAGCGCGCGGUGGAGCUGGACGCGCGGGGGCAGCUGGCGCGCGCGCUGGCCGCGUACGGCGACAGUCUGCGC